ACCGCUGUUUGGCCCUCAAGUCUUGGCCAGGUAGUGACUACUUCAGCCCCUGGUCUCUUGCAUCCCUCAAAUAACGUCGCUAUAGGACAGCCGGGCUCAACGCCUGGCAGUGCAGGACACGCGGCUCUUUCUGGCAAUCGAAUCCUCCUCGGGGCUGCUUCAGAUAAUUGUGCGACUACGGCGACAUCAGCAGUACCUACUGCCGCAACGAUGACUGUCACAACUAACGCAGCUACCACUCCUAUCGGUCACAUGGCCCAUCUUCAGCAACAACAGGUUCGAUUAGCUUAA